AUGGAGGCUAUGCCAGAUCAUGUUAUUACCUAACAUAAGCAUACUAGACCUAAACACCCAUAGUUCCAUUUGAUUCGUAUUCCACCCAAUCUACGCAUUAAUGACUUCGGGAAGAUUGCGUUGUCCGAAUCCGAAAUCAAUUCAUAUAAUACCUACAGGUAGGAGGUAACUUUCAAUAAUCCGAUAUAUCUAAAACCUGGGCAUUAUACCAUAUCUUCUGUUAGUUACCUCUCAUUUUAGGAAUAAGCCACAUAACACAACAUGCCUCCUUUCAACCCAGAUAAGGAUAUACCUGAUCUAUCAGGGAAAGUAGCAUUUAUUACAGGAGGCACCUCGGGUAUUGGAAGAGAAAUCAUUCUGUUCCUAGCCUCGCACAAUCCUGCUCACAUCUACUUCACGGGUCGAAAUGAAGAAGCUGGCGCUACAGUUGUCGCCGCUGCUAAAGCUAAGGGCCCGAACGUUGAGGUUACUUUCAUCAAGUGUGAUCUCUGCUCUUCCCGCGCUAAGAUCCGGCAAGCUAUCGCCGAAAGCUUCAAGUCGGAUCGCCUUGACAUAUUUAUCGCCAAUGCCGGUAUAAUGGCAACGCCUCCCGGCUUGACGGAAGAGGGAUUCGAGCUGCAAUGGGGUACCAACUAUCUUAGCCAUGCUGUGAUACUACAGCUUUUGCGACCUGUCUUGCUGCGAACUGCCGAGAGCGGCGCGGACGUAAGACAUGUUCAAGUCACAUCGCACGGCCAUAACUAUGCGCCGUCCGGGGGUAUCCAAUUCGAAAACCUACGAAAGCCCGACGCGGUCGGCGAAUUUGCGCGGUACGGACAGAGCAAGCUCGCGCAGAUCUUGUACUGCAAAGCUAUGGUGAAGCGCUACCCGCAGAUAACCAGCGUCGCCGUCCACCCAGGCGUCGGCAGGACGGGCCUGCUAAAGAAUGCCAAGCAGUCUUUGAUAAAGAGUUUUUUCUCAGCAACCAGCUUCCUGCACAAGGACGCCGCCGAGUUAGCGUAUAGUCCGCUAUGGGCGGCUACCGCUCCGCUCCCAAAGCUGGAGAACGGGCAAUAUUACGAGCCCGUGGGGAAGAAAGCGGGACCAUCGAAGCUAGCUGGAGACGAGGCUUUGGCCGAAAAGCUUUGGGAAUGGACGAAUAAUGAGCUGAAAGAUGUCGAGGCGCUAUUGUGAACAUGAUGAAAUGAUUAUUAUGAGGUAGGUAUAUAUCCCUUAUUAUGUAUCCCCUAUUAUGUAUUAUUAUGUGCCCUUAUACUUCUCCCACCUCACCCCACUACAGAUCUUAGAAAGUGUCAAUUUCACCACCAAAGCCCACCGCACAUGUUAUAUUUCUUGCCUUUUAAAGGGCAGCAUUCUAUGCAUUUUCGAGUAACAUUAUAGUUUGAUCUAAGCUAUGGCCCCUCCGCUUACCCAGCCCUUUGUUAUCCCGAUCUCUCGGGUUCCUAAGGGGGGCCAUAAAAGC